UAAUUUUUGGUCAAGCACAAGAAUAAAAUGCUACCCGCUACCGUGAGCGUUACGGGCAUUAAGUGGAACGCGCCCAUGGUGGUAGGUGAUAUAUAUAAGUAUAUAUGUAGAAAGUAAGAAUGGAAGUGUGUAUUAAUCUAUAUUAAAAAGGCUUCGUUUAUAUAUUUUUAUAUAUGUCUAUGAUUGGACUCUAAAAAGAACCUGGAAGAACCGUCCUUUGUUUAUCGUCUUUUAGUGUACGUUUUAUUUGUAUGAAAAUGAAAGAUUGUUGAAGAUGCUGUAUACAUUUUCGAUAAGGGAAGUCUGACAUGGUUUGAUAGACGAUUCAAAGAACGUUUGUUUGAAACGAAAAGUUUGAUAUUGUUUGAAGAGAAUAUUUUGCGACAUCUUCGUAACAUCUCGAAAAUGGAUGAGGGACAAACAGAUAAUACAAUCUCUAAAGUGGAUUGUUUCAACAAUACAGCUUUACCCGUGGUAACAGCUGAUUUAGCAAAGCUUAGUAUAGAUAUUAACUCUUCGCCUACAGAAUCUACCAAGAGGAUUCUUAGAAAAAGGAUGCCCAAAUCUGCUGCUAAAACAGAUGUUCUUAAUAGAAGAUGUAGCCUCAAACCAAAAAAGAGGAAGGUUUCAGAGAUGGACGUAGAGGAAGAAAACAUAAAGGAGUAUUACUUGGAUAAAAAAAUAAAUAAGAAAAUUGAUCUUGAAACAAUAUAUGAAGAGAGCGAUAUUGCAGGCGAUGAUAUUGGUAUGCGCAUGAGUGCAAAGAGAUUUAAAAGAAUGUUACUCUUCUCUCAAACAGCUUCCAAGGCAAAGAAGAGACGCGCAAAAGUAAAGAAAGUUUUUGGAUCUAAGAUUAAGCAUGUAGUGAGGGGUGAUAUAAUGAAAAGUUAUGUGACUAGUAUACAAAUUCUUGAAAAAGGACCGAUUAUGAUUGAUAAAGAACUCUUGGAAAAGAUUGACAAGAUUGGACAAAGUUCUUCUUGUGUUUGAAUAUUAAUAAUCCAAUCUCUUCAGUUCCUGCAAGUAUACUGUUUUAUUUCAGGAUUUUAUGUUAUCUCCUUCUAUACUUGCAUAAAUCUAUAAAAGGAAUUGUGCAUAAACGAAAAGAGAUAUCAAUGUUAUCACAAUAAUAUUUAAUUUAGAUGUGAAAAUUUUUGCCAUCUUUUUAUUAAAAAUAUUAUAUGAUAUGAAUUUUUUUGGAUCAAUAUUUGUGCAUUAUAUAGAUAUGUGCUGAUAUACAAAUCACAAGGACCAUAAAUGUGUGAUAAUCAUAUUUAAAUUUGCAUAUUUGCGAUUUAUCCCAUUUUCAUUAAUAUGUAAUGAGAGAGAGAGAGAGAGAGAGAAAUAUAUUCAUAAUGUGAGGAUUAA